AUGCAAUUCUGGAAAUACUCAACUAGUGCAUUGGCCACUCUUCUCGCAGUUGUGUCCAUCACAAAUGCUAGCGGCCCAGCUGAUGGCGAGGCUGUUGCUGAUCCAAACUCUGCAGUUGUCAAAUUAACCACCGAUAACUUUGCCACAUUCCUUGAGGAAAAUCCAUUGGUUUUGACUGAAUUUUUUGCUCCAUGGUGUGGAUACUGUAAAAUGUUGGGACCAGAGUUCUCCAAAGCUGCUGACAGUUUGAAUGAAUCUCAUCCAAAUAUCAAAUUGGCUCAAGUUGAUUGCACUGAAGAUCAAGAUUUGUGUGCUGAACACGAAAUCAGAGGAUAUCCAACAUUGAAAAUUAUCAGAGAUGGUCAAUCAAAGUCUGCUGAAGACUACCAAGGUCCAAGAGAACAUCAAGGCAUUGUUGAUUACAUGAUCAAGCAAUCAUUGCCAUCUGUUCAGGUUCCAACCUCAUGGGAAGAUUUGGAAAAGUUGGUCAAAGAGCAAACUAAACCAUACAUUUUGAAGGUUAAUGGUGCUGCUGAUGACAUAUUUGACAAGAUUGCCAACAACAAGAGAAACGAUUACACAUUCAUUGAUGUAAGCAAAGAUUACUUGAAACAGUUGGGUAAGAUAAUAAACCAAGACUUGAAAAAGGCUUCCUACUUGGUUGUUCAUCCAGGUGAGGUUGUUGAAGCCGUCAAGUUCGAAGGAAAGCCUGAUUUGGAAAAAUUGACUGAAUUCAUUUCUGUUGAAUCUUUGCCAUACUUUGGUGAAAUUAGCAGGGACACUUAUAUGUCUUACAUGUCUUCGCCUUUGCCAAUUGCCUACUACUUUUACAAAACUCCAGAACAAAGAGAAGCUAUUGCCUCUGACUUGGGCAAAUUGGGUAAAAAGUACAGAGGUAAGUUGAACAUUGUUGGAUUGGAUGCCAACUUGUACGGAAGACACGCUGAAGCUAUUUCAAUGGAUCCGGAAAUUGUUCCAUUGUUUGCCAUUCAACAAGUUGCUGAAAACAAGAAAUACGGUAUCAACCAAGCUGAACAUCCAGAUGGUCCUUCAUUCAAGGUUAUUGAAAAGUUUGUUGGCGAUUACUUUGACAACAAGUUGGAACCAAUUGUCAAGUCAGAACCAUUGCCAACUGAAGAAGAAAAAGCAGCCAACCCAGUUGUUAAAUUGGUUGCCCACAAUUAUGAUGAAAUUUUGAAAAACACCGACAAGGAUGUGUUUGUGAAGUACUACGCCCCAUGGUGUGGUCACUGUAAGAAGUUGGCACCAACUUGGGAGGAAUUGGCUGAGAUUUUUGGAUCAAACAAGGAGGAAUCUCAAGUUGUUAUUGCUGAUGUGGAUCACACUGCAAAUGAUGUUGACGUUCCAUACGAAAUCAGAGGGUACCCCACCUUGUUGUUAUACCCAGCCAACGGUGAAAUUGAUGAAAAGACUGGGUUGCGGGUCCCAGUUGUUUUUGAAGGUCAAAGAGAAUUGAAUGCCUUGCUUGAUUUUGUUAAAGAAAAGGGUGCCUUGGGUAUUGAUGGCUCUUCUUUACAAGAAAAGUUGAAGGAAGCUAAAGAAGCUGCCGAGGAUGCAGCUGGAGAUGUUGCUGAGGAAAUCAAAGAAAAAGCCGCUGAUGCAAAGGAGGAAGUUGAUCACGAUGAAUUGUAA